UCCUCGUAAAAAUAAAUAAAUAAAAUAAAUAAAUAAAAAAAUUAAUUAUAAAUAAAUAAAAAAAUAAAUUAUAAUAAAUACAUAAAUAAAUGAAUAAAUAAAUUCCUUGUUCAAGUGUUUCCUUGAAGUGUUUUAAAUGAUGUUUUCUCUGUGGUCACAUUUCUCCUGUGUUGUUGCAGUAGAUGCACAUACAGUAUAGAUAGCGUGUAAUGUAGGUCAGUACGUAGACAGCUAGCACCAAACAUGGUGAUAUUGCCUAAUAUAGAGCACGUGACACAGGUGUUUUUCCGUCCCUCCUCCCCUUUGGCCCUACGUAGGAUGUAGGUGUUGGUGACGUCACGUGACUGCAGGUAAGGAAGCGUAGCAGCAACAGCAGACGUGUUUCGACAAACAGGGUGGACUUCCUCAUUCUGUUUGUUUGACUCCUUUUGGAGCGCACACAGAGAAGACAAAGCCAUUUUGUAAAAAGCUGCUCCAGAGUGUGGUUGAUCGUUUCGUCCUUCAUCUCGUCACACUUCAAUAAGCCAUUUGCCACACCAUGGAAUCCCAGACUCCUCAGUUGAUUUCGGUGGCACCCAACGACACGCGGCGUCUGCUCGAGGUGUACGUUAAACGCAGCCUCAGCCUCAACGAGGACUCUACGGGCAUUAAGCGUCCUGAGCGCAAUUUAAAAUGGGUCACCAUCCCCAAAAGACAUCGAAGACACUCCAGCGACCCUUCUCUUCACUUGGCUGAAGGAUUGGACGAAAAAGCGUUUCAUGCACUCACACCCACCGAACCUCCAGACGAGCCAGAGACACAAGUGGACAACAAGCUACACAAGAAGUCCAAAAAGAACAAAAAACCCUCCUUGUGGAAGAACUUCAUAGGCCUCUUCUCCAGGAGGAAUACUGAGGACAAAGACGAGGAGCCGGAGGCUCCGUCAGACAUUCCUGAUGCAUCUUCUGCCGACAACGGCUCCGCUGUCACCGCUUGUUUGCCUGCUGCAUCUCCAUCCAGCAGCCAAAGAAAGAAGUCCUCAAGGAGACGACCUAUGAGAAGACGGUUCUCCAAGAGACGUCUCUCGAUUAAACUCAGCAAGCGAGAGGAGCUCAACCCAGAAGACAUCACCGGAGUAGAAGCUGUUGUUAGCGUGGAAGGGACAUACUCUUACUACGAGAAGGUGUCAGAGGAACUGGAAAAGAUUCUCCAUGAGGUCAAAGAAAAGGAGGAGGUCGUAACAUUGUCAGACGAGGAAGUCAUCAACAGGAUCAUCGCCUUAACAAAGGAGCAGGGCGAUGCCAUCGAUGACAAGAUAAAAGACAAUACCACAUUGAGUAACUUCUUCCAAGGGAUGUCCUAUUCGUCCUUCCAAAAGUUGGCAGAUGCCUACCUGGAGAACGAGGCCUCACCCACUUUGGCCCCGCCGUCUGUUUUACCAACGGCGCCGGAACUUGUCAAGCUGGCCUUCACACUGGAUUUCACGGCUCGUAUCGCUGGACUCUCUCGGCAAAACAUCGGACACAUCACAGGCCUCGGGAACCGUUACCUACAAGACCGAUUUGAAUACAAACAGGCAUGCUCGGAUCAUCCCUGCUGACGGAGACGGAUAUGCAAGUGAGAAACAUUUCCACCAAAGCAACUUCUGUGUGCGUUUCUUCGUUGUCAUACACACUAAGCUAAGGACGUGAAUCAUUUCCAGUUUGACUCGUUUGUGUUUGUACGAGCAUCAUUUGCUGACGGCGUCACUUUGAAACCAAUCAUUUCUAUCGUAGCUGGUUCUACUAUGGAAACUAAAUGUCAUAUUUUAUAUGUAUUAUGUACUCUGUGCAAUACCUACAAUCCUGCGAUUUCAAUACAACCAAAGUAAGCUAAGAUAAA